GUAGAAGAAGUCCUGUUGGUUCAUUUCCUGGUUACGCAAAAUAAAUCCCCAGCUGUUUAGUUUGGUGUUUUUCUGUUGUCAGCCCCUCUCUGGAGAGUUUAUCGUUUUGUCUGCCAGCAUGUUUAAAGGCUUGGGGACGUGGCUGGGUUUGGAGAAGCCGUCGGAUGAGAAGGAAAGCCUGAAUGUGGAGCAGGAAGAGAAGGUGGUGGAAGCCCAAAAUGAGGUAAACAAACAGCAACCAGCUGACCAAGAUCAUCAUGGAGAAGCAGAGACGAAGCAGGAAACUCCGGAGCAGAGACCAGGUUUCGGUGAUUACAUCUUCAGUUUCGCCUCCAACGCCACCAAGAAGCUGUCUGAGUCUGUGGUAGGGACCGCUCAGACCAUUAAGAAGACGGUGGAAGAGGGGAAGAUCGACGGCAUCAUAGACAAGACUAUUUUAGGAGACUUCCAGAAGGAGCAAGAGAAGUUUGUUCAAGAGAAGAAGGCCAAAAAGUCAGAAGCAGCGGUGCCUCCCUGGGUGGGCUACAACGAGGAGGAGACAAUCCAGCAGCAGAUCCUGGCUCUGUCCGCUGACAAGAGGAACUUCCUGCGGGACCCCCCAGCUGGUGUUCAGUUCCACUUUGACAUAGAGCAGAUGUACCCUCUGGCUGCAGUCAUGCUAGAGGAAGACCAACUCCUCAAUCGCAUGCGCUUUGACCUGGUCCCUAAACAAGUGAAGGAGGAUGUGUUCUGGAGGAACUACUUCUACCGGGUGUCUCUGAUCAAACAGUCGGCCCAGCUCACAGCGCUGGCAGCUCAGCAUCAGCAGAAGGACGUCGUGGACAGCGGGGCCGGAGUCUCACCUGAUGACAUCGUCUUAAAAGACGUCAGACCAAAAACACCACCAGUUUCCAUCAGCAGCUUGAAAAAGCCGCCUCAUGAGGAAGAAGAGGAAAUCUCAACGAGCCCCGGGGUUUCUGAGUUUGUAAGUGAUGCUUUCGACGCCACAGCCAUCAACCAGGAGGACCUGAGGAAAGAGAUGGAGCAGCUGGUGCUGGACAAGAAGGACAGCACCCCUUCCCCUGAUGUCCACUUCCCAGACGAGCCAGCAGACUGGGAAAAGGAGCUGCAGCAGCAGCUUCAGGAGUACGAGGUCGUGACGGAGGCGGACAACAAGGACGACCAGUGGGAUCAGGAGAUCGAGAAGAUGCUCCAGGCUGAUGAUGACAGCUAGAAAACAAUCGUUUGUUGCCUUCACAAGUAAUGCCGUGGUCUCUAAUGGAGAACCAGUGAAAAAGUUGGGAGAAAACCAUCCAAAUCCUUCCUGAUGAAGUCGUAGAUCCAAUCAUAGUGCGAGCGCAGCUGCUGGAGGCGGCAGUUACAUGCAAGAAAAUUAGUGAAGUACUACCUUUUUAAAUCCGUUUCAUCUACUUAUUCUUCUCCAACUUCUGUCUUCUGAUGAGUCGAACCUCUGGAGGGCGCUCCAGUUUUAUAAAGGAGGGGAUUUGGUCUGUUCGAAGUUCAUCUUUGCUUCCACAUGGUUGGUUGUACAGUCACGUACUGAUAUCAGUACAGUCAACUCUUAACGUAUGUAAAUAAAGAGGGUGAUACUGGA